AAAUAAAUUUUUUCCAUUGAAAAGUGAAGUGUACAUGAAAGAGUUAUUGAAUUUUUAAUUUUUUUAAUGGAAAAAUUUACAAAUUAUUUAUAACUUUUAUAGAAAACUAAAGUUAAAAGUGUGUUUAUUACAAUGACAUAAAACAAAAUAUAUAAAAUCCCUUUAAAACACAUUAAAAAUUGCAAGAGAAAAAUUAUAUGGUUUUUUUUUGAUUUUUUCCUACGGUCUUAUACAAAGAACAAGAAGAAGACCAACGAACAACGACAGAAAGAAAAUAAAGAAAGAAAAAAAAAAUACAGGAGAAGAGGAGCGCCACCAUUUAACGACAUUUCAUGUGUAUUUAAGGUUUAGUUUUUUUCAUUUGCCUCCUCUAUACCUUACCUUUUAAAUAAAACAAAAAUUAUAAAAAAAAUAGAAUUGUAUUAAAGUUAUUUAAUCAAUUAAUCAAAAAGUGAAAAUCUACAAAAUUGUAUAAAAAAAACACCGCCUUAAAAGUGGCUGGUAUAUGGUAAAACUAACAAACACUUGCACUACGCUAAACACUCCAACAGACACAAGAUGGACACAUCUAUGGAUACUAUAACCUGUAAAUUGCAGUCACUGGAAGAACGUUUGCAGGCUGAAAAUGAAUCCAUUCUACCAAAAAUGCCUCUUACCAGGCCAAAUACCUUAGGACGUCCACAAUUGACGGGCUUGGACAACAUACCAAAUCGUCCCAACAUGACAAAUCGCACCAAUAUGACAUUGGCUUUCGCAAAGCCCUCUGGACCUGCCGCUGAAUCUGAAACAGAUAAGAAACUGAAAAAAAUCCACAAACAAACCGGUAUUCUAACAAUCAACGAUCACAAAUACCACUCCGACAUUAAAGAUCUCGAACAUUUGGGUGAUCUGGGCAAUGGCACCAGCGGGAAUGUUGUGAAAAUGCGCCACAAACCCAGCAAUACCAUAAUUGCGGUGAAACAAAUGCGACGUACGGGCAAUUCGGAAGAGAAUAAACGGAUACUAAUGGAUUUGGAUGUAGUUUUAAAAUCACACGACUGCCAAUAUAUAGUACAAUGUUUGGGUUGUUUUGUUACGGAUGCAGAUGUUUGGAUAUGCAUGGAAUUGAUGUCGAUGUGUUUUGAUAAGUUAUUGAAACUGUCGAAGAAACCAGUGCCAGAGAGCAUACUGGGGAAGGUGACUGUGGCGACGGUAAAAGCUUUGUCUUAUUUGAAAGAGAAACACGGUGUUAUACAUCGUGAUGUGAAACCUUCAAAUAUUUUAAUAGAUGAACGUGGCAAUAUAAAAUUAUGUGAUUUUGGUAUUAGUGGACGUUUGGUGGACUCAAAGGCGGCCACUAGAUCAGCUGGUUGUGCGGCUUAUAUGGCGCCUGAACGUAUCGACCCCAAAAAACCAAAGUAUGAUAUACGUGCCGAUGUUUGGUCUUUGGGCAUAACACUGGUGGAAUUGGCCACGGCCCGUUCGCCCUAUGAAGGCUGUAAUACCGACUUUGAAGUAUUGACAAAAGUUUUGGAAUCAGAUCCGCCACGUUUGCCCGAUGAUGAUAAAUUUCAUUUUAGUAUUGAAUUUCAUGAAUUUGUUAGUAAAUGUUUAACAAAAAAUCAUAAUUUACGACCUAAAUAUCCUCAACUAUUAGAACUAGAUUUUAUAAAAUAUUAUGAAAUAGCUGAGGUGGAUAUACCCUAUUGGUUUAAAUCUGUGGUAGAUUCGGUGGGCAUUAAAACUCAACGUAGAACUCAAAUACCGACAUCAACACCAGCUACAUAUGAUGCUACAAAACAUCAUUAUAAACAUCCUAUAACCGCAUUAGCCUCAACAUCCAAUAUAAACUCGGCAUCCUCGUUAAUGGGAGCAACAACUACAGCAACAACGACAACAAUGACAAUAAAUGCUUUAACAAAACAAACGCAAUCACAAAUACCCAGUUAUCAUGGCGGCGGUGGUGGUGGUGUUGGCAUGGGUUUGGAACACUAUCAACAACGCCAGCAGCAGCAGCAGCAACAACGUUCAAAUAGUUUCAAACAACAUCAACAGCACCCACAACAUCAUCAUCAGCAACAACGUCAUCAGCAGCAACCAUCUCAACUACCUCAAACUUUAAAUCAAUACAACAACAUUAGCAGUAAUACAAUAAUACCCACAACAUUAGCAGCAGCCACAAUAAAUAAUUAUCAGGGAUCAUUUCAACAAGGCAACAAUAAUAGUAAAUUAAAUGCUGGCAAUAGCGCUGGUGGUGGUGGUGGUGGCAGCAGUGGCGGUAGUAGUAGUUAUAAUACUGGUUCCGGCAGUAGCUCAGCUACCAGUUCUAGUCCCUUAUCACCGCCUAGUGUUUCUUACAAUCUCAACAAAGACGAUUCGAAAUUAGUGAAUGAAAUGAAUAAAUUGUAUCGUAAAUCACCAUUUAUGCAAAAGAAAUUUAAUGGCUCCUCCUUCAAUCGCUACAAUUCAUCGCCAGGCGAUGAAAGUCCCAAAAAGGAAUCGGUUUUGUCUACAAUAGGUCACUCUAUAUUACGCAAUUUGACCACCUCCCCUUUCAGUCAAAAGAAAAACACACCCAAUGUUCAACCAAAUCAAAUCGAUCCCUUGUGGCGUAUGCCCACCACCCAAGAUGUUUCUUUAGCUUUUGAUACGUGUGAUGCUACGAAUACUUCUCCUACCAGUGUUUUGAACCCCUUUGAACAUACCGAGUCGCCUGCUUUGCAGCGCAAAAGGUUUCAAGUGGGCAAUGAUAAUAAGACAAAUAUGACGGCUGCCAAGAAAACCUCAAUGGAGUCGGAGAAGCAGGAAAAUAAACCCUCUAUGAUACCGCUAACCAAAAAUGAGGCACAGCCACAACGUGUUCCAGGCAAUCAUAGUCCUUUAGUUCUUCAACGAUUUUAUCAUCAACAAAAUCAAUUGCGUGAAAAAGAAUUGGAACGUCAACAUCAUUAUUCGAAUGUCUAUAGUAAACAUUCACCUUCGGAUGCCACAAAUCCAUUUCAUACGAAUUUCUAUCAAACAACAUCGUCAUCAUCAUCAUCACCCCAACAGCUAGAACACCACCAACAGCAACAACACAAUUCCCAUAUACCCAUUGCCUCGACCUCAACUCUAUCAUCGUAUUCAACAUCUAGUCAAUCAUCAACACAAUCUUCACAAUGCUCACAAAUUGGUGGUGAACGCAGCAGCGUUGGCGGUAGUGGUGGUGGUGGUGGUGAUGCAAUUUCUUCAACAACAGCAGCAACAAAUCAAGGACCAAGAAGUUUACCUUUAACCCUUAGUGAAGCAAAAACUUGCUCGCCCACAUCGCCAAAUACUUUAGGUUUUGGUACUACCACAACAUCACCCACAGCCCAUUUGCAAUAUCAGCCACUGCCUCAACAAUAUCUAAAUAAUGCAACUACACCCCCUUAUGGGGGUGGUGGUGUUGGCGUUGGUGUUAUGAUGCGUAACUCAAGAUCCCCUGCCACCUCACCCGAAACUAUGUCAGACUCAGCGGUCUUAACAAAGCAUCAACAGAAUCCCAGAAUGAUGAAUGUCACAAGUCCUACGGUUACAAAAUUAAGUAAAUUAUAUAAUCAACGUUCUGGCUCUGCAGCAGCCUCCUUGGCCAAUGCUAAUACCGCUUCUGCAGCAGCCUGUAAAGAGAAUAAUUUCAAACCCGAAAGUGGCUGGUUUAAUACUUUGGCGGGUGCUAUGAAACGCCAGUUAUCAAAUUAUGUUAAAUCACAAACCAAUAAUAAUUCUCCAACUUCAAACUCAGCUACAUCACCCACAAAUGGCCUCACCACAAACGUCGGCCACGAUAUGACAAACGAACGCAAGGCCCAACUGUAUUAUCGCACCAUGUCCUGCGGCAGCAGUAGUUCCGGCAAUAGUCAGACCACAUCACCCUCUACGGAAACCUGCAAGGCAGGUGUGUCAGAGGGCUUUCAGGAAGGUUCUAGUGCGGCCGGUUUCAUACGACGUUAUGCGGCCACUGGAGGAGCGGGUUCAAAUGUUAAUAGCGGUGGUCCCAGUUCGUCUUUGCCUGCCACCCAUACACCUGCUCAUAUUUUGGCGAAUUUAGAUCGCCGGCAUCGUUCGCCAGAUCCACCACCACGCUAUAAUAGGGGUCAGUCGCCACUUUUGUUGCGUAAAAAUAUUUUAGAAUUAAGUGGCCAGCCACCAGGCACUUCACCCAUGUUGAACAGAAGAUUUGUUAAUGCUUCACCACCUUUGCCGCCACCCCGGCGUGGUUCGGAAAGUGUGCCCGGCUCGCCACAACAUUUUCGCACACGCAUCCACUAUACACCCGAACCACAAAGGCGUGUUUAUCGUACUAUAGAUCAAUGAGUAGCACUGCAAAUAAUGGUUAUGUGAUAUUGGUAUGGAUUUGUUGAUGAUGAUAAUGCUAAGGCCGGCGACACUACCACCAACACCAACACCGCAACCUCUGCGACAAACGAAGAAAAUCUAACAAAUUUUGAUUUCGAUGGAUCCUCAUCGUCUACAACAGCCAGAGAUUUUCUAGAGGCUACGGGCGGUAUGCGCAGUUUCAGUCACAGUGGUAGUGUUACAGAACGUUUGGAUGCUAUGAUCUCUUCUUCGAGAAGUGGUGUAGCCGGAGUGGAGGAAGUAGAUUGUAUACCAGCUUCCGCACCAGCAUUUUCAUCGUUAUCUUUGGAUGCCGACGAUAUGGAUACGGCUCGUAUGCGUCGUGCUAAAUAUUGGUUACAAAAGUAGCAGCUUAUUUUCCCUGUAUAGAUAAACAAUAUGUUUAUUUUGUUUUCAGCCACAAUUUAUCCACAAUGUGUAUUGUUUGGUAUUUAAAGUUGUUGGUAAGUUUUUGUUUUUGCUACUAAACUAUACAGAUAAACUCCAAACAAGACUUCAUAACUGGAGUUACAAUAUUUGGUUUAAAACCUUUGAAAAUAAUGAACGAACCCUAUUUGAUAAACUGCUUUAUAUUUAAGCAAGAAAAUUAUAAUUAUAAAGAAAUUUAACUGCUCCCCCUUUAAAAAAAAGUAUAUAAAACACCAAAAAACAAACAAAAAAUAAAAAAAAUAAAGCAAUAUUUAUCAUAAAAAAACAAGAAAAUAUUUAUAAAAACAAACCAUAUUAGAACCAAACAAAAAAUUAAUAUUAUAGAAAAACAAAGAAAGAAAAGUUUAAGAAAAAAGAAUUAACACUAAAAUUAUGCAAUAUGUUAUUUAUCUUUUUACUCUUUAUAUAAACAAAAAAAAAACAAAAUAUAAAGUAU